UCCUUGUUUUUCACGACGCUGCAACAACACAGCAGAGAUGCCAGAGUUUGAGAAGAGCACGGUCCACAUCAAGGACCCUGAGCGGGUGGAGCAGAUCAUCUGCGGUCUGAUUAAAGGAGGCGCGUCCAAACUACAGAUCAUCACAGACUUUGACAUGACGUUAAGCAAAUUUUCAAUCAAUGGAAAACGCUGCCCGACCUGCCACAAUAUAAUUGACAACUGCAAGCUAGUCACAGAAGAAUGUAGGCAAAAGCUGUAUAAACUGAAGGAUACGUACUAUCCUAUUGAAAUCGACCCACAUCUGACCAUGGAGGAGAAAUACCCAUUUAUGGUGGAGUGGUAUUUUAAAUCUCACACAUUAUUGGUGGAGCAGCGGUUACAGAAGGACAAACUCCCCGAAGUGGUGAGAGAAUCGGACGUCUGUUUACGGGAGGGUUAUGAGCACUUCUUUGACCGGCUACAACAGCACAGUGUUCCUGUGUUCAUCUUCUCAGCGGGGCUGGGAGACGUGCUGGAGGAGAUCAUCAGACAGGCUGGAGUUUAUCACCCCAACGUCAAAGUUGUCUCCAACUUCAUGGACUUCGAUGAGAACGGCAUCCUGAAAGGCUUCAAAGGCGAGCUGAUUCAUGUGUACAACAAGCAUGACGGAGCGCUGAGGAACACCGACUACUUCAAACAGCUGAAGGACAACAGCAACGUCAUCCUUCUGGGAGACUCGCUCGGAGACCUCAACAUGGCCGACGGCGUCCCCAACGUGGGGAACCUCCUGAAGAUCGGCUUCCUCAACGAUAAGGUGGAGGAGCGCUUGGAGAAAUACUUGGACUCUUAUGAUAUUGUUCUAGUCAAGGAUGAAACCCUUGAAGUGCCCAAUUCCAUUUUACAGAGGAUCUUAUAACUGUAAAGAGGCCUUCAUUAUUGCAUUACCAGUCACUGGGCUAACACCUGCACGCACAAGCCAUACAAACCCCUCACCACGAUCUGUUAACCUCACUUCCCAUCCUAAACAGUGUCCUCUCCCAUUUGUGUGUCUCUUUGGGGUUUUAUCCUGUUAUUUCUAUUUUUUAGUAAAGAAAAACCAAACCAACUGUGCAGAAAAUCUAUAUAUAUUAAGCGAAUUUGUUUAACGUGUACAUUAGUAGAUGUGUCAAUGUAUUAUUUUUGAUAUUGUAUCAUUUGAUUUCAUGCGCAAUAAUAGAUUGGACGGAGCUAGAAAGACCAAUCUUUAAUUAGACGAAGUGCUAGCAUUUUUAUAGUUAUACAAGCAGUAACUGCAGUGUACUACAGUAAUAUUUGAACAGAUUAGGGCUGAAACAUUAUCUGUAUAUUUAAGUACUCCAAAUAUUUGUGCCGGUGAAGGAAGCAUGGUGUGUGAAUUCCAGUAUUGACAGUUCCUCAACCUCAGCUACAUCGCUCCAGUUCAUAAUUGGUCUGAACUAAAGAUUGUUGGGUUUUUUUUUCAUGCAGUAAAUGCAUGUUAAUGAACAUGGUCUUUCUUUUUGUCCUGCGUACAUAACUAUUUAUAUCAGUUUACAACACGUUAUCUGUUCAUUUUGAUUACGGUUACAUCCCUAGUACAGAUCAUAACAGGACGUUUACAUAAUAGCCGUGUAUCCAUGUACCGACUGUAGUACACUGUCAUUUCCGCCUGCUUUCUUUUCCACGUGUAUAUAGAUAUAUAAAUUUAUUAUUUACCACAUACAUGGAUAUUAAUUCCAUGCCCAUCAUCCCAUAGCAAUACAAUAUACAGAUCAACAAAUAUAACAUGAAUGUAUUGUGUAUCUUUAUUACCUUUAACGUGUUACGCUUCAAGUGCGGUUUGGAAUUUGGGCCUGCUUUUGGUGUUCUGAUUUUCACUACCUCUAUUAAGGACAGUUCGUCUAAAACGAUUAACGUGGCUAUGUGCGAAUGGACGCAUCAGAAACCUGAGCUUUCAUACAGUAUUAGCGGCAUCUGCGUUUUUGGUGGACCGUUUCCUCAUACGACCGCUCGUGAGGUGGAUCCGGUUUGAAAUGCGCUACCUUCUCGUUGGUAAAGUCGCGUUUUAAGUUCUCGAGACCCGGCGUGUACGUUCUGCUGAUUUGCAUGUUGCUUUUCUUGCUGUCAAUUUUAUUAUUAUUAAAGGUUUUGGAGGUCUAAAGGUUUUUAAAUAUUGGACGAAUUAUUUCUUUAUUUGUCCUCUUUUCACAUUGAGCCUCAUCUGGGCUUUUGUUCUUUACAGUUAAAUAUGUGCAUCUGUCUAUUACAUAAAGAAUUAAAGAUAUUUGUAUACAACGGAA